AUUCUCCACUAUCCCAGCACCAUCUGCGAAGCUGCGUCACCGGAAAUACCGAGGAACUGAUGUCUGACCGUAGGCGCGCAAUCAAACCAUUGCUGUGAACUGUGUAACUUUUGGUGAAUUAACGACGAUUUUAAACCGACAUCUAACGAUAUUUGCGUGCAGGGCCUUUUCGUUUUAGUGUACAGUCUGCGUUAUAGUUAUGGCCUGUACGAUAUGACUGCAACUUUAUAAAUGUUGGGCCUCCACGAGGUCUCACGACCUGUGACUCGAUAGCCUUUAAAGCUAGCCGGACACUUUUGUGUGGGUUAGAUAACAUUUGCAGUUUUUGUUCUGUACAAAGACAUUUGUGUAAAAUAUUACAAAUGUCUGGGUUUAAUUUUGGGACGGGGACCACUGGUGGCGGAUUUUCAUUCGGAGCAACAGCAAGUACCCCAGCUGCCAGCUCUGGAGGGUUCACGAUGGGAAACCUGGGCACGGCUACCACCACCACAACCACCUCCUCCCUCGGCCUGAGGAGCAGCCUGUUUGCACAGAAACCUGCCAGUGGAUUCUCCUUUGGCGCUCCAGCAGCAGGAACUGCUGCACCUGCCACAGGCCUUACUCUUGGGGCUCCAGCUGCGACUACCACCGCCAGCAACAGCUUCCUGGGUUUCGGAAAACCAGCUGCUUCAGCUACGCCCUUCUCACUCACCGCCUCCUCUGCUCCCACGGGGCUGACCCUCGGUACCGCUCUCACCUCCAUUGCCCCAGCUCCCCAGGCUGGCUCUAUCGGCUUCUCGCUCUCCCUGGGGGCCACGCCCGCCACUUCUGCCACCGCCCCCUCUGGGCUCAUGCUGGGCUCCACCUCUGGAAUGGGCUCCAACCUCUUUAACACAGCUAAUGCUACUUUGGGACAGCCAGCUCUUGGAGGGCUAGGUAUGGGAUCUUUUAUCUCCACUUCCACCUCUACUGCCCCUCCAGCUUCCACCAGUGUGGGUCUUGGUGGUAUUGACUUAAGCUCCUCAGAGAAGAAUAACAAAUCCUCUGGGGCCAGACCAGAGGACAGCAAGGCUCUGAAGGAUGACAAUCUCCCAACCCUCAUUUGCCAGGAUGUUGAAAAUUUCCAGAAGUUUGUAAAGGAGCAGAAGCAGGUUGAGGAGGAGAUCAGCAGGAUGUCCUCAAAGGCCAUGCUAAAGGUGCAGGAUGACAUUAAGAGUCUGAAGCAGCUUUUGUCUGUCAGUGCCAGCACCCUGCAGAGAAACAGCCUUGCCAUCAACAAACUGAAGAUGGAGACUGCUCAGGAGCUGAAAAAUGCAGAUAUUGCCAUACGCACACAGAAAACCCCCCCAGGACUCCAGCAUGAAAACACUGCACCCUCAGAUUAUUUCAGAGCCCUGAUUGGUCAGUUUGAGGUGCAGCUGCAACAGUAUCGCCAGCAAAUUGAGGAGCUGGAGAAUCACCUGACAACUCAGGGCAAUGGCCCCAACAUCACACCUCAAGAUCUGUCCCUGGCCAUGCAAAAACUUUACCAGACAUUUGUGGCUCUGGCUGCACAGCUCCAGUCGGUGCAUGAAAAUGUGAAGAUCCUUAAACACCAGUACUUGGGCUACAGGAAGGCUUUCCUGGAGGACUCCACUGACGUUUUCCAGUCCAAACGUGCCGCCGGCCAGAAGUGGCAGAGCGCCCCUCGCGUCACCACUGGCCCCACCCCCUUCAGCAGUGUUCCGAACGCUGCGGCUGUUGCCAUGGCUGCCACGCUAACACAGCAGCAACAGCCCGCUCCAGGGGUUUCAGCCCCUCUGCUCCAGGGGCUCUGGACCCCCCACACUCACCUGCUGUGGUCUGUCCGCGGAAACUCCUACUCUGAAAUGUCCUGCCGGUAUGUGGCGGCACGGACUCCUGGCCCUUCUCCUCGUACCUCUCUCUCCCUCUUCCUCUACCUUGGUUCCUCCCUCUGUCUUCUCUCACUGUGAGAAAAAGCACCUAAAUCUCAUUCUCUGUCUUAUGUGGAGGAUGAGAAACAGUCCCCUAUGAAGUAAUUGAACAUCCACCAGGAUGCACUUCUAGACUUUUAGUCAAUUUUUUUGUUUCUUGUCUCUCUUAUGCUGAUGCCACACCUUUCUCACCAGGUUUCUACUCAGAAUCAGACUCCCCUGAACUCUCACCGCUUGCUGCUCCAAUACUUUUCUUUUAGAAUAGAUUAAUGUUAAUAUGUUCUUACAAAUAUGUUUCUCCUGCCUCGUUUUCAAGAUAUUUGGGUCUCACUGACACAAACUGUGAAAGGCGAUUGAUGUUUCAGGAAAUUUUAAUUGUUUUAAAGGUAGAAUUCGCUGCACUUAGUUCGGUCCACAUUCAGGUUAUCAUAGUCUCACCUAACCAAAUAUGGCUUGUUGCAUUUUCUUUGUUGCUAGUUGUAACUUUUAAAAAUUCUCUGGUGCUGAGCAAUACCGUUCUUCCGAUUUGGCGUUGUAAAGUAAUUACCAACAAGUAUUUACCAAUAUAUGGAACAUGGAAGUAGCUGGUUAUACUCUCCAGACAAAGAUAAAAAUGUUCUGACUUGCCAAACUGAUGGGUUGGCUGAGUGCUUGUACUUGCUUGUUUAUUGACUGAUUUCAUAGAUAACAAUUAUCCUAAGGCAGUAUUGCCAAUGUACAUGUACUCUUAUUCAACAGGUCAGGAGUUCCUGAGCUACUACAUUGGGAUUAAUUUGUCUAAAUCUUAGGAGUGCCAUCUUCACAUGUGGGGUAUUACACAUAUCAUGCUCUGGGUGUUUGUAUUAUGGUUUGCAGUGCUGGUUAUAAAAUGCAUUAAUUUCUGGAUUAAUGUCAAUUCUUUUCAUUUAACACAUUUUGCCAGCUGCCAGAGUAGCAUUGCCCAUCCCUAUUAAGAAUGUGGGGUCCGUAUUGUUUGAAACGGCUGCAGCAGCAGUAGACGGUGGGAGAGCUAAAGGGCUUUUGCACUGCUUUUAUAUUGGAGUGCUCUGAUUAUACGCAUACACACAAACACACUACCACACACAAUAACCACAUAACAUUCCAUUCUUUUAACAGUCAUGCAUUUGUCCAGAGCGACUUGCAGUGUAAGAGGUCAUAACUGCAUACACCUGCGUAACAGAAGCAGCAGUGCUAGAUCCGGCUAGCGCUCCCAGAUUACUGUGCAUAUAUGCAUAUAUCACUAAAGCAUACAAUUUACUGAUGUUGGCCAAGAAUCUCAAUGCAGGCCACCACACAUGCAUACAGGUAAACCUAAUGACCAUUAAACCAUGAAAUAUAGUAAUAGCUUAAUUAAUUGCAUAUGGUAGGUGUGCUUGGACAUGGUGAUUGCAGGGGAGUCUAGUUGCAGUCUGAAAAGGUGUCUUGUCAGUCUGCAUGAUACACAGACGUUCCUCACACAGACGUUCCACAUGCUCGCACAUACAUACACUGUCACACACCAUGUCCCAGUUUGGCCUGCAGCAUGCAAUUGCAGCCAUCAUGGCCAUCGGCAUGCACAGCACAUGCAUGAGAGAGACUGGCUAACAGAAAGUUGUAAUGUUGUAAUGACAUGUUACUGAGCAGUUUGGCGAUCAUAACCUUUUGGAUUUGAAGGGUCAGUUUUAGGUAAGAGUGGAGCACGGGACAAAAUCAGUCCCUUCCCUUAGUGUAAUGUGUAUAAGUUAAGUUGGCUUGUCUCCAACUAAGGUGGAUGUAAAAUGAUCAGGGUUUGAUAGAACUGUUGUAGGUUCUGAUUGACUAAAAUAAACUAUAUGCACAAUUAAAAUGUUACUACAAUAUUUGUGAAGAAUAAGUGCACUCUUCCUUCAAAGGAGAAAAAUGUGCUUUAUUGUCGCUUUAUUCUGAAGAUUACACACAAAUAGAUUAGACUAUGCAAAACGGUGCGGCCCUGGGGCCUGAGUGUAGCAUUACAUCAUUUACAUGAAUGAACAAGUAGACAAGGAUAAGAAUGCUAAAUGAGAUGAGGCGAAAAUAUAGCGUUCUGUCUUAUUACUCCAUAAAAUGUGAUUUUUAACAGGGGGUGCAUUAUGAGCUCGCCCCAAACACAACUUAAUGUGCCUGUUGAGUGUCUGGGAGCAAAGCGUUAGUGUGAAGUGCCAAUUAGAUGUGCCAAUCGGAGCCCGAUGGUGGGUGGAAGGUUCCGACCCCCCCUGCUGUGGUGACUGCACCAUGCUGCAGGGCUCAGAGCUGGGGGCAACACUGUGCUGUGUGCAUUCAGCCUUUCCUAGUGUUUUACACCUUUCUCCUCUGCUCAGACGUGGAGGUUAUUUUGCAUUCAUGAUUUGAGGGAUUUGAUGCCCAGGGCUGAGUGAAUUUUGAGUGAGCUGUUUCGAAGGAAGGGUCUUUAAAUUUUAGAGAAAUUUAGUUCAGUGUUAUUUUAAGUUGAGAUUUGCGGAGGGAGUCACAAAGUCACAGGCUUCAGCUGCUGUUGGGAGUAUUACUGUUUUCAGGGACCUAGCAGGCUUUUCCUGUACUGAAGGACAUGCUCAUAGGUAGAUGAUCACAUCCUAUAGUUUAUAAUUCUCUGUGAUACUUAUGGGCGCCCGGUCGAGCUGUCGAGUUGCCGGUGUAUAAUGAGGUGUGGUUCUGACUUCCAGCUGAACCCCUCCCACACACGUGGCUAAUCGCGGACCGCCUAGCGGGCCUCCCAGCCGCUGCCAGCACUGGAGCGAUCAGCGCUCAUUCCAGACCCAAAGGCCAUUCAGUGCAUUAGGUCUUCAGUUUGAUACCCCACUUGGGAGCCCCAUAGUAGUUCUGUCAGUGCUAUGGCCAGCUUGUGGACUCCACAUCACUACAGAGUUUUAAAAACGGUAAACAGUCCCAAAAGCAGCUACCACAUGAAGAGGGUUGUGAGCUUUGCUUUACUUUCUGAUCUGGUGCCCUGUGUGAUGAUGUUGGCUUCAUUGGCACUUGAUAUUGAUUGCUGUGGUAGAAAAGCAUUGCUGUUUGAAGACUGCAGUUAUUUUUUUAACGGACUGUACAUACCCCUGUCCAUAGGAGCUCUAGAUUAAAGCUUUGUAAUGAGUUAUAUGGACAUCCUUAUCAAUUUCAUGUGGGGUUGUAUGCUCAAAGCCCACUUAACCAUUUCAAUGUUUAAUAAAUUUAUUGGUUUUAGUAUGUUCUUGAACAUUGUUUUGAAGACCUCGGUAUAGUGUGGUUACAGAUUUUUUUAAAUGCUCAAAUGGUUCCCUUGAAAGAUUUUAUAUUGUUAACUACUGAGUCAUUAUUUGCUUUAACAUAUAAUUUCUAAUUAUUCUAUGACAGGUAUUGGUAAAAUAUUAAAGGUGUUGCUUGCUGUUGAGGCUUAAAAGUUUAAAACUUGAAUAACCAUUCCUUCACCCAUGACAAUAGUAAAAUCACAUCAUGUGAUCUAUUGGUGGAGGGUGUACUUGAUGGUAUUAAUGCAGUAAUACUGGAUACCAGUAUAAAAAUGGUCCAUUUUUGAUGGUGAAUAUGUUUUCAGGACUGUUGCCUUGUGUACAUGGAUUUGCUCGGAGACACUUAUGCGGACACUUACUUGUGCAUGUGAGUGUUAGUGCUUGGAGGGGACAAGUGCAUAUAUGCAUUUUGUUGAAUGUUGGUGUGAACACCUGUGUGUGUGUGUGUAUUUUAAGGUUUGUUGGGAGUGCAUGCAUAUUUUCUUUUAGAGAGGACAUAUUUAUCUAUGCUUGUUAGUUAAUGGUUGGAAUGUACAUGUACAUACCUCUACUUGUGUUAUUGUAUGCAGUUGAAGGACAGUAUUAUGUUCCUGUAUAUAUGCUGUUGUCUUGGAUUCACUUUUAACAGUAGGACAUGUAGUCUAGUGCUAUCCUGCAGUGUCCCCUAACCAGCCCCAUCCUUCUGGCCCAUUGUCUCUCUCCGUUCUCUUUCUUUCUCUGUUCUCUCUCUCUAUUUUUCUCGCUCCCUUCCCUGGACUUAUUACCGGAGGGACACCAUCUCUUACUGUAUCAUUACAUAAUACACUUUAUAUUUCUGUACUGUUCAUGUCUCUUGAGCAGGGUUACUUGUACACAUUGCCAUGGUACCAAAAGAAAUUCUGAACAAAUUAGUUUUUGAAUUUUAAAGUGUCAUUAGCUAAAUGUAUCUCCAAGCUAGUUACGUUAAAUAAUGUCAUCUCUCUCUCUCUCUCUCUCUCUCUCAUAACAUCUUUAUCAAGUUACUUUCUGUUACAUAGUUCAGUUUGUAUGACAAUCAAACAUUAAUUUUAUGUGUGUGUGUGUGUGUGUAUAUAUACACACACACACAUAUGUGAAGAUAAUGUAUGCAUCUCUGUACACAAAUAAUGAUAGCAAAAUGGGGCUGCUGGGCUGCUCAUCCUGUUAAAGUACCUUUCUAAUGCAUUGAUGGGCCCCACUGUGUCUGAAUGUUCACCCUAUAGGGUGCCACACAGUUGCUGCUAACAUUACCCACGCUCACGGAGGGGAGGGUGUAGGUCCCCCGUGCAGACCGUUCCAUUGCUCUCUACUGACUCCCACUGGUUAACCGGGUGCCCCGGAGUCUGACUGUUAUGCUGCACAUGAGACAUCUUCCGACUCAUGUCUGCGUGAGCUUGACUUAAGAACUGCUGUAUGUACAGAAGCAAUGGAUGGCAUCACAUGCUUUGGAGGAGAGCACAUGAUUGGCUGUAUAUGUAGUCUAUAUAUCUAACCAGUUUAACUGUUUAUCUCCUUACUGCAUGUCUUCUCUUCCUUUGCGCUUUCCUUCCAAAAAUUCUUCCCAUCUCCUUUUCUCCUUUCCCCAUCCCCCCCCCCCCUCCUCCAUUCCUCAUCACUGUUUCUCUUCCAUUUCUUUCACACUCAUCCAUCCUCUUUCUCUCAUUCAUACUGGUCCUGUGUUCUCUGCAGGGUCCAUGUGAAUGAAUGUUCUUGGAUAGGCAUUGCUGCGUUUUUAGUAUUACCGCACAUUACAAUGUGAAAUUUAAACCCUUUAAUGACAUCUCCGUCACCAGAUAUUAAUUUUUGCAUCUUCUAUCCCUUACCGUGGAAAUCUUUUCUUAUCUUUAAUAUUCUGCCCUUGCCCCUGGUGUCUCAUAAAUACCAGACUACUGAAUUGCUGAACUUUCACUAUACAUUAUUUUAUCUCUGUACAGUCAACCCGUUUGAAAGUUCUCAAAUUACAUCAUUGAUAUGCAGAUUUCAUCUUUCGAUGAAGGAUUUCUGUUUGACUGGAUAUGCAGGAGGUUGAGUAUCAAUCCAUUCUGGUGCAGUGAAUGAACUGUGAGAAAUACACUAGAUUGGAUUAGCAGUGUUGGUUCUGGUCUUGUUAUUGUAGAAUCCAGGUCACUGUGCUUGUGUGCAAGCCAGGUUGCGGCUAAGUUUAAUAAAUUGUUUCAGUGCAGUCCACACUGAUGAAGUGAUCAUUUGUGACCUCUCAUUGCUUCACAUCAGUGUGGCUUCCAAGUGUUCUGGGCUAUCUGAAGCCCUGCUUAGCCUGUCACCAUUCUGUGGCUCUGCGCUGGGAACAGGCGAAUGCUUGCGAAAGGUUUAGCACGAAGACGGACUUAAAUGACACAAUGUCUCUUUUUUUUCUUCUUUAUUUUAAGGGCUAGUGCAUUUCUUUGCUUGUGAGUUUUCACAGAGAGUCGGUUUGCUCCCUGUGGUUGCUGGGAAUGCCAGCAAUGUAGGCCUCCCAGUGGAAAAUAUGUUUCCAUAAACAGUGCUAUGGCAGUCUAAUUCUCCAGAACAUGGCGUGUUAGUUAAACUGCUGAUAUGGACUGGUCAGUCCAGCCCUGGUUUCAAGAAUGCUAUUGUUAUCCAUCUUAUUGAAAAUUAUUUCAGUAAUCUUCUGAUUCUGAUUUUAAUCCAUUUGGUUCUCUGAUUCCUCUAGAAUCCAUUUUGGCUCUGUAAUCCUUGUAGAGCUCAUAUUAGUCAAUGACCCUUAACCCCUUUGUGUUCUGUGAUGCCUCUAUAAUUCAAGUGGUUCUAGAGUGGUCUUUGUAGAACUGUUUGACUCUAGAAUGUCAGCUGGAGUAUUUGCUUUUGAAUUAAUUUGGGUUUGUGCUUUGAAAAGGAGGCAGCUUUUUGGGCCUCAGUUGUUGGGACUCACUCACAAUCCUGUCAGGUACAUAAUGCUUUAGCCCAUUUGCAUAGCAUUGUGCAAUUUAUGGCAACGACGAAAUAAGAUUUGAGCAGCCUUGAUCUUAAAAUAUCAUUACUGAGUUUAUUAGUGACCAGAUAUGGUCAUUGAAGUGUACUGGUUGAGGUAGGCUUUAACAGAACCAUAGGCAUCACUGGGCACUGUAUCACUCCAGACUAGAAUGUGCAAUGUGGGGCCAUGUCUUAAAAUGCAUUACAUCCACGGAUCAGAACGUCCCAUUUUUGAAAAGUUUACACAGGAAUAAUAUGAAGCGGUAGUUUUGAUCUAACAUUAACUCACCGUUUGUUUUUCUUUAGACGAGUGUGUGUGUUUGUAAAGCACUGCUUGUUGGUGCAUUAGCUAUGGUGUGCCUUUAAAUUGUAGAUAUAACCAUAUAACCAGUGUGUUGCAUCAUGGCUUCCACAUACCCCAGAAAUCUUAAACAGAACGGAAUGAUGUAACAUAAGAGUAGCAACUAGGAACCUUCUGAUUGGUUUUGUCUCCAAUUGUCUGUCAUGUUUCAUGUAAGUGAUCUGCUUUUAAAUUGACAAUAAAUCUAUUAAAAAAGCCCUUGUCUUGUUUCUUUUUGACUGAUAAGUUAUUUACACCAAAUUGGAUGAGGGGGGAAAAACUAAUUGGUGAUGCAACUUGGCAUACCUCUAAGUUGUACAUCUUAAAUGAGACAUCCAAACCCUUUAUGCAUUAACAUCUAAAAAGGGGAUGUUUCUACCUAA